AGGGCCCUCUGCCGCGGACUCACUGCCAUUACUUUGACCGCACUGUGAGACUGAACUAGCAUGCCCCGAAGGAUCCUCAUCGGUUUUGGUGUCGACGUAGAUGCGGUAUCCGGGUGGCUGGGAUCGUACGGUGGCGAGGACUCCGUAUCGGAUAUCUCGAGGGGAAUCUAUGCAGGCGAGGUUGGUACCCCUCGGCUCCUGAAGCUGUUCAAGAAGUACAAUAUCAAGACGACUUGGUUCAUACCAGGCCAUAGUCUCGAAACGUUCCCCGAAGAAAUGGCUGCGGUCAGAGACGCCGGACAUGAGAUAGGACUACACGGUUAUUCACAUGAAAAUCCUCGCUCGAUGACCUUCGAGCAGCAGAAGGACAUCCUCAAUUACACAUAUGACUUAUUGACGAAGUUCAACAAGGGUGUUUCUCCGAAGGGUAGUGUAGCACCUUGGUGGGAGACCAGCGCCGAAGGCACAAUAUUAUUACUCGAUAAAGGCAUAGAAUACGACCAUUCUCACAUGGCCCACGACUCACAGGCAUACUAUCUACGCGACGAGGAUACGUGGACCAAGAUCAACUACACCGCCCAAGCGGAGUCUUGGAUGAGACCCUUACAAAGGGGAAAGACUACAGGUCUAGUUGAAUUGCCGGGCAAUUGGUACCUAGACGACUUGCCGCCUAUGAUGUUUAUCAAGAGCAGCCCCAACUCGCACGGAUGGGUUAACACCAGAGAUGUUGAGCAAAUAUGGAAGGAUACGUUCACCUACCUCUACCGAGAGGAAGAGAACUUCAUUUUCCCCAUCACCAUACAUCCCGAUGUUAGCGGACGACCCCAUGUUCUGCUCAUGCUUGAACGUUUCAUCGAAUGGAUCAACACUCACGACAACGUGCACUGGGUGUGCAUGUAUGACAUGUCAAAGGAGUUCCGUGACAACAAUGCGCCGCCCGCUGGUGCGCGGAUGCCGCGCGGCCUCAAGCUGUAGUUCCGAGGUUUGGAAGACAAGGAUACGAAGAUGCAGUUCCGUGUACGAUGAGUCAUCCUCUAUUGAGAAGCCCUCGCCAACAGUGCGUGUAUCCCAUUGUAUCACAUCCUUGGUUAGAUCGCGUCAAAUGCAUCAUGAAUGGAUUGAGUUUGCAAAGCUUCAGACUCG